UUUUCAUUGCGUUGUAGAACACAGGAUGCAUCAUCCUUUGUCUAAGCGGAAAACUUUUCCAGGAAUUGAGGCAUCGAGUCCAAAUUUGCAUGUUUUGCCACCUGCAUACGUGAAACCAAAUUAGACAACAUUGUUCCUUAUUUAGCCCGGUAUAAAAAAAGCGAACUGAAACGAGAGCGCAAACAAUAGCGGUGAUCAGUAGACCGGCUGUGUGGAAAAGUUAGUUGGCAGUAGGGGCUGUCAGCGAUCAAGGUGCGAUGGUGCAACCAUAUAUGUGGGAAUUAUUUUUAGCCAUGAAAUUACGGGCUAUUUGACGUUUUCUUGUGGAUGUAUCGACCAUGGAUCGGCCUACACGCAGGGCUGAGUCACUCAGAGACAAGCGCUCACAUUGACCUGUGAGGUGAGCGGAGUUUGCAGUUUGACAGAAAGGUGAUCUCUGGCCCUGCCUGGAGACAUCCGAGCAGUGCACAGUGAUGCUGACGAUGAUUCCCACUGACUGCGGCUUCGACAAACGGGCCUCACUGGUGGCCUCUAAGGCCAGGUGGAGCAGGGUGGACGAGCCUUCAUCAGACCACUUGAUGACCAGAGGCAAAGCCGGAGACUGUAAACGAGACAGCAUUCACCAGUGGCUGAUAUCCAGCUGUCAACAGUAUGCAAAGCCGGACUCCACCCAAGAAACCACAGAACUGCUGAGGAGACACACCAGUGGGGAAGAUGACUUAGUACUAGGUGUGGAAGCGUCUUUGUAUGGUAAAAGCACAGCCCUCAAGACUGUUCAAGAAUUCUUGCGGUGUCAGCAGGUGCCGCCUGCGCUGUCCCGCUGGAACAGUGUCACGUCCGCUGUUUCGACCAACUCUGCGCUGAGUGUCAUGGACGUGCUGAACCUGUGGCAGGAUGACCCCGAGGAGCUGCUCUUGGACUUGGGGUUCGGCUGUGAUGAGCCAGACAUCUCUGUUAAGAUCCCGGCCCGCUUCAUCAACCACCCGUCCAAGGCCCGUGGGAUCAACAUCCAGGUGUUUCUGGAGGCCCAGAAGAACCGCAUGGAUGUGGAGAACCCAGACGUGAGCAAUCGCUUCAGGCAGUUGGAGGUCCUGCAGCAGGUGACCUCCGCCUUCUCCUCGCUGGUGGGCGGCACACCCGUCACGCCCCCCCCAUCAGGCGAGCGGUCGGUGGCCAGCACAGACCAGCCGCUGGGGGCUGGAGAGAAGAGGAAGCGGCUGAGCAUGCUUCUCCGCCGGGCCUCCAAGAAGACCCUCAGCAUGGCCCAGAGUGAGCCGGACAUGCCUCUCCCCCCUGCGGCCAGUCAGGAGCCUGCUCCGGGGCUCCACCCCACCACCUCCGACAGACGGACUGCCCUGAAGCGUGGCCGGCCAGGGAUCCCCGAAAAUGGAUGCCUGUCGCCCUUAGUGGAGGAGCAGAGCCCUCCCCCCAGUAGGGAUACUUCCGACCCCCCUCCAGCACCCUCAGCGCUCACGGAGGGGAACCUUAGAGUGAGACCUGGGAGGGACCCCCCCUGUGUGGUCCCCAUCAUCCCAUAUCGGAGGAAGAGCCCUGGCGAGCUGAAGACCCCAGAGUCCUUUGAAAUGGAGGAGGUCCACAGCUUCGAUGAAGGCAGCAUUACAGGACUGGCUGAGGGCACAGAGGGUGGGGUUAUGAGGACGAACAGCUGUCAGUCAGACAGCAGCGGCUUUCUGGAGGAGCCCUGCAUUCCUGCUCUUUCUCAGCAGAACUCACCUGUACCUGAGCUAAUGAAGGCUUUGUAUGCCAUGUCAGGGGACAGCACAGACAGUCAGAGUGCACAGAAGGAAGGCCCAGACCUCCACUGCGUCUCCUCCCAGGGCCACCAGGGGGCAGAGUCUGCCCAGCCUGCUGAGUCGGCAUGCACUGAGGCGAGGCACGGAGCUCCGGAGAGGGAGGGGGAGGAGAUGUCAGGAGUCCUCCAGGUACCGCCAGAGGGGAGCAGCUCGGAAACAGAGGCUGGCCCCAGAUUGGUCCACACGCCGGGGGCAGACAGGGCAGAUGAGGGAACGGCGCCCCUUGGGGGAGAGGAUGGGGAUGGUGUUACAGGAACAGGACUGGAACAGGACUGGGGUGCAGAUAUUACAAUAACAGAAAGCCAAAAAGCAGAAGAACCAGCGACACCAGAGGAGACAGGCACCCUGCUUAGUGACAAUGCUGUCAGUGACCCCCAAUUGCAGGGGGAAUCUCAGGCACAGACUUGGGGUGCACAGCCAGAAGAGGAGUGCCAGAUUUCGCGAGUAUCGCUCAGUGGGGAAGAGAGCUCUGCCAAGGCUGCCCCGAUGGCACAGAGUGGAUCGGAGGAGGGGUGUGGCCAACAGGAGGGGUUCCUGAGACGCAGCCUCUCUGGAGUGGGUAGAGCAGACCCCCCCGCAGCAAGCAGGCAGACGAGUGGGGAGACCUCGGACAGGGCAACCCCGAGCCAGCCUGGUUUUGGUCCUGCCAGGUCCGUCUCAGUGCAGAUGCCCUCCAGCCUGGGCCCCGUGUCCCAGUUAGCCCAUCGUAGGGGCGUGGCCGAACCCCCCGCUCCACGGUCCCAGAGGGACUCCUUCUGCAGGAAGGCCUGGUCUGACGCCGGCGGCUGCCGUGCCUCUAACCUCUGUCAGGAGCUCGCCGUCGCCGAGGCGAUGACGCGGGAGCAGACCACGCCCCCUCGCAGACGGCUCUCUCUUGGGAGUCGGGGAAGCUCCCGGACAAGGUCGGCAUCGCUGGACACGGGGCUGGCGCACGAGGACGACGAGGGCGACGCGGACACGGGUGUGGGCGUGUCCGGGCACUGGGGGCGGGGCUUCCUGGUGGGUGGCGGGCGCUGCUGUCAGUGUGGCCACCGCUGCACCAGCUGCUCUCAGCACACACACUGCCCUGCAGGAGAGAGCUGCAGCAAGGAGCUGGAGAUUCUGCACUACGCAGCCAGCCAGAGUGCUGCCUUUCCUUACUCCCUGGAUGAGCUGGAGGGCAUGAUGCGCUGCGUGAGGAGGUUCCGCUCCAUCCUGGAGGAAAUCGAGGAGCGUCUGACGGAGGAGCAGGCCCAGGUGUACAGCAUCCUCUCAGACCUGGACAGAGAGGACAUCAGAGACAUCCGGGAACUGCGAACCGCAGUGAAAAAGGAGGUGGACCAGCUGGAGACGCAACUGGCCGACUUGACCCAACACUACGAUGUGGGCCUUAAAACGCAGAUGCACAGACUCCUGGAUGAGCAGUCCCACCUGUGCACACAGCUAAGGAUCCUCCCCUCUGAAACCCGACACCAGAGACCCUCCCUCAGCUCAGAGGCCACACCUACCAGCCCCAUAUCAGCCCAUCCCUUCGAAACCCAACACUGGGGCACCACCCCCAGUUUUGAAGCCACACCCACAGACUCUAAGGCAGCCUUCCCAUUUGAAACCCGACAACAGAGCUCCUCCCCUGCCCCCACCCCGAGGCCGACAACCACGAGAAGUGUGGCCACCCAAUGCUGCCUACUGCACCACCCGCCUGCAAAUGGUGUCUUCACCCCUGGAGAUGAGGUGGCGGCAUACUGCAGCUGUCCACAGACAGGGGGAGUGCUCACAACAUCACCCUCGGUCACCACUGACCAGAAUCCACAGCACAAGCAGGAAAAACUGGACUUUGUGGGCUUCUUUCAGAGUUUGAAGGAUUCUUUCAGACACUCGGUCAACAGUGACUCUUUGGAGUGAACACCUGGACCCAGGGUGGGUGCAGGGUUCUGCCGUGAGUUUGAAGAUGACAACCUGUCAGCCCAGGAAAAUGAUUUCUAUUUAUUGAUUACCUUGUCUUAAAGCAGGCUUGUGGUGCGUUAUGGAUUGGAUUCAAGAUUUAGCAAUAUGCCACUUCACGCAGAUUAGCGAAUGAGUUAUGAUAAGGUCUGUGUACUCCAGGGUGAAUACAUAAUCAUAUAUAUUUUAUAAUGUAGAGAAUAUUUCUUUUUUGUUUCUAGCCAAGUAUGGUCUUUACUGUAUGUUAGAGUAUUUUAGCAACA